UUCACCACGUCCAUGGAUCUCGUGAAAAGAGGGCUCUAUGACGACCGAUUCAGACUCAAGUCCGGCCAGAUCGCGACCAACACCAUGAUUCUCGGCGCAGAGAUGCACCAGGAAAAGUUCGAACGAAUCCUGGGUCAACUGCGUGAGACAGCAGACUACCCAGACCCCGGUCUGAACCCGUGCGAUCUGCCGUACGAGCGGAUGGUCCUGGUGCAGCUAGACGGGUACAUUCACAGCUACAGAAACGAAAUAGAGAUGAAAAAGACGCGAUUGAAGCUGCUCACGCCCGACAUGAUCAAGCAGGAGCUGCCGUCCGACGCGAAUCUACGCGACUUUCUCAGGCGCAUACAACAGCAUGUGCCUCGAAGUCUGCGCGAGCCGAUGGAACAGCGGUAUAAGCUAUCGGAGCUGCUGAGAACCAAGCGAAAAGUAGAGCCUGAAAACUCGGAAAAGGAGAUACAGGAGAGCAAGCGGGCCGUUCGUCCUCUUAAACCUCACACCCCCAAUUUUGUCGAC